AUGUGCGCGCGCUUCGCGGCCGGGGAUGCUUAUGUCCGGUGGCUCGUGGAGGAGACGGACAUAUACAUGGUCAUGUCUCUGAACCCUGACGGCCAUGAGGCGGGCACGCGCUACAAUUCAAACGGGGUGGACCUCAAUCGCAACUUCCCGGACCAGGUUGCCAACGAGACCGCGGAGCUCCAGCCAGAGACGCGGGCGGCGGUGAACUUCAUGCGGCAGCACACCUUCGCUCUGGGCGCCACGCUCCACGCGGGCGCCCUCGUCUGCAACUACCCCUGGGACGGCUACAGCUCCGGCCUCCCCGGGCGCGGCGCGCCCUCGCUGUGCCCCGACGACGCGCUCUACGGGCACAUCCCAGCGAGGGCUCCCGCCGCCGGCAGCGCGAUCGUCGAGGCGCAGCUGCUGGAAGUCAAGCUGCUCCGAAGCCGUCAGACUAAAAACUUCUGCAAGGGCACCAAGGACGCAAGGGGCGCCAUCCGGGAUACCUUGCCCGCGGCCGGCCCGCCGCUGCGCCUCCCGCCUCCCGGCCCUCGCAGGGCGCCCCAAGGGCAGGUGUUCCGCGGCGGCAUCACGAACGGCGCGGAGUACUUCGCCAUGUACGGGGGGUUCCAGGACUGGUCCUACUCGCAGCUCGGGAUGAUGCACGUCACCCUGGAGCUCGGCGACGAGAAGUCGCCCGGGCCGCAGCGUCUCGGGGCCGAGUGGGCGGCGAACCGCCGGGCGUUGUACGGGCUCAUCGCGCAGGUGCACGCCGGCGCCCGCGGCCGCGUGCUCUGCGCCUGCGGCGCCGGCCCGGCCCGGCCGGCGACCAAGGCCACGCUGACGUUCCUGCCCGGCGCGCCGCCCCGCGCGUGCGGCGCGGGCUGCGGCGCCGCGCCGCCGCCGCUGGCGCAGGAGAUCGCCACCCGGGCCGACCCGUCGACGGGCCACUACCACCGGGUCCUGCUGCCAGGCGCCGCCCGGCGCGGCGUCGGCCGCGCCCGCCGCGAGCAGCAGAGAAUAGCAAAGCUCGAUCAGGUCCUGCAGACGGUGCCCUACCAGUACGAGAACAGGGCCGCCUUGCGCAACCACGUGGUAAACCUGCUCCAGUCGACGCCUACGCUGGUCCCGGCCGCGCAGGAGUUCAGGAGCCCUGGAAAAACGGCCACGCUGUUCUACCUCGGUGGUGUCCUGCCGAUCAAUUACAAGGGCGCGACCUACAACAUCCCCGUCACCAUCUAUGCGGUCGUCUGCGGCCCGCCGCGCUGCUUCGUGACGCCCUCUGGGUCCAUGGCGCUGAAGCAGCCCCACCCAAACGUGGACGCGGGCGGCAUGAUCACGGAGCUGAUCCCCGCCGUGGGCGCCGUGUUCUCGCAGAACCCCCCCGUGUACUCCACGCAGCCGGCCGCCGCGCCGGAAUGCCUGCACGGUCGGUCCCUGCUCAACUCCCAGAUGGGGACGGCGCUGAUGGGCAACGGCCUGCCCGUGGCGGCGGCCACGCCGGUGCCGGUGCGGCCGACGGCGACCAUCUCGGCGGCUCAAAGGGCACUCUAUUUCACAGCCCCAUCCUUUGAGCCGCCGGUCAUCCAGCCGGGCCACUCCGGCGCGAAGGAGCGGCUGAUCGCGGAGGCGACAAGAGGUCUCCGGGAGCGGUGGACGCUGGCGCUCGACCCCGUGGUCGACGACCUGAAUGCGCAGGCGGACAGGAAGGCGGCCCUGCAGGCUGCCGCCGCGAAGGUCGGCGGGCAGAUGGAGGACCUCCGGAGAGCCGCGGCCGACGCUGGGCGGGACGCGGAGGACCUGAAGGCGAAGGAGGAGGAGCUGCGCAAGUUCUUGGAGCGGCAGGUGUUCCGCUUGCCGCCUCGCCACGGGGCCCCUGGGCCGUCGGCGACGGGGCUCGUGCUCUGGAUCGGCGCUUUGCGAACCCCAUCUUAGAUGGCCCCCUCGCGGACGCCUCCGCAGCGCACGGGAGGGCGCGCGGCGUCCCCUGCAUCGACCAACGCCCCCCUCGACCGGGAACCCGUCGGCAGGCUGCAUGUGAGAGUGACCUUUCGCUGGAGUGACCUCUGCUGCUGGC